AGCAAACUAGAGAUUAACAUUAAUCUUACAUUUUCUCUCAACACACCAAAACCAUGGAAAACCUUCUCUCCCUCACCUCAUUCUCACUCCUCAUCUCCUUCCUCCUCCUCCGCUCACCCUCAGCCGUCGGAUUCCCCGCCCCCGCCCCCUCCAAUAACGACUCUGAUUUUAUCCGCACCAGCUGCGGCACCACCCUCUACCCCGAGCUCUGCUACACCUCCCUCUCCCGCUACGCCAACGCCGUCCAAAGCAGCCCUGCUCAGCUCGCCAAGGUCGCCAUCGGCGUCAGCCUCUCCAAUGCCAAGCGCAUGGCCGCCUACGUCUCCAACCUCUCACGUCACGCCGACUACGGCUCCGACCACCGGUCCGCCGCCGCCCUCCACGACUGCUUCAGUAACUUCGACGAUGCGGUCGAUCAGAUACGCGACUCGCUCAGCCAGAUGAAGACGCUCGGGUCAGGCCAAGGGUCGGUAAGGUUUCAGAUGAGCAACGUGCAGACGUGGAUGAGUGCGGCGCUGACGGACCAGGAGACGUGUACGGACGGGUUUCAGGACGUGCCGGACGGGACGGUGAAGUCGGAGGUGGUGAAGCGGAGCGAGAAAGUGAAGAAGGUCACGAGUAAUGCGCUGGCGCUCGUCAACUGCGUGGCGGAGAAGAGCGGAUGAGCUUGAGGGCAAUCGCAAAGCGGAUAAAUCUGCAAGAUUAGUUGUUCUUGACAGUUUGGAUUAGUGAGUUUGAGCUUGAAGUAGUGGAAGAGGUUUGGUAGUAAUAGUAUAUACGUACGUAUGGUUAAAGAUUUCCCUGUAUAUGUGGUUUUUGUUACUUUUGAACUGUUAUUGACCAGUCCGUUAUUAUUUGGUCGGCCAUUUUCUUUCUCUCCUUUGCGUUAUGCUAAAGCAUCUGUAAUUUCACUAGUGUAAUGGAAACGAGUUGACUCAGUCCCUCUCUGAUGAAUGUUUUGAACUUUUGAUCAGAUAAGAGUGCAUCUGUUGGGAGCAUCAACGAUUCUGUAUCACUUUUUUAGUCCAUCUCUAAAUUUCCGG